AUGGGGUGCAGUUGCUCUAAAGGAGCACGAGCAAAUGAUACCAUCAUCGACGAGAACAUCAGCAAUGUCAAGGAGAGAAGAAGCACGCCUUAUAGUAAACCCUCCAAGAAGAGGAAAAACUCUGCUUCUUCCAGAAUAGCCAAUGUAGGAUCCUCCUCCGACGGUUUUAUCAAUGACAACGAUACCACAUUGGCGGUUUUGAUACCAAGUGAUGCCACAAACUCAACUCCCAUGUCAUCUGGUGAGGUCUCAAAGGUGAACCUCGAGAGAAAAUCUUCCAGGUCUGUGUUCCAGAGACGGCCCAACAUUGAGACCAAUAAACUAGGAGCACCGCAGCAACCUAAGAUGACUAGAAUAACCAGCGUUAGUAAUGGAGAAAGAGGAGCUCAGGUUGUGGCUGGUUGGCCUUCUUGGUUAGCUUCCGUUGCUGGUGAAGCUAUCAAUGGAUGGAUCCCACGCAAGGCUGAUUCCUUCGAAAAGUUAGAAAAGAUUGGACAAGGGACGUAUAGCAGUGUGUACAAAGCCAGGGACCUAGAGACGAGCCAGAUAGUUGCACUGAAGAAAGUGCGGUUUGCGAAUAUGGAUCCAGACAGUGUUAGGUUCAUGGCAAGAGAAAUAAUCAUCCUACGAAGGCUUGACCAUCCUAAUGUUAUGAAGCUUGAGGGUUUGAUCACUUCUAGGGUAUCAGGAAGUAUGUAUCUUAUAUUUGAAUACAUGGAACAUGAUCUCGCAGGCCUUGCUUCAACCCCUGGUGUUAAGUUCUCUGAGGCACAGAUUAAAUGCUAUAUGAAACAGUUGCUUCAUGGUCUAGAACACUGUCAUAGCCGAGGCGUUUUGCACCGUGACAUCAAGGGCUCUAAUCUGCUGCUUGACCAUAACAACAAUCUCAAAAUUGGAGACUUCGGUCUUGCUAACUUCUACGGUGACCACCAGAAGCAGCCUCUCACGAGCCGUGUUGUUACUCUGUGGUACCGUCCACCUGAGCUUUUAUUCGGGUCGACGGACUAUGGCGUUGCUGUGGAUAUGUGGAGCACAGGUUGCAUUCUAGCCGAACUCUUUAAUGGGAAGGCUAUCAUGCCUGGAAGAACCGAGGUAGAACAGCUACACAAGAUCUUCAAACUCUGUGGAUCACCUUCUGAAGAGUAUUGGAAAGGAUCGAAACUCCCACAUGCUACCGUUUUUAAACCUCAGCAGCCUUACAAAAGGUGUGUAGCUGAGACAUUUAAGAGUCUUCCAUCUUCGGCUUUGGCCUUAGUGGAAGUUCUUCUAGCUGUUGAACCAGAUGCCCGUGGAACCACAGCUCAUGCACUUGAAAGCGAGUUCUUUACAACAAAACCUUUUGCAAGUGACCCAUCAAGUUUACCAAAAUACCAACCGAGAAAGGAACUUGAUGUGAAGCUUCAAAAAGAGGAAGCAAGACGAAAGAAAGGCACAAUCAGUAAAGAGAAUGAGUUGAAACAAGUAGCUAAAAAAUCUAAAGCUGUGCCAGCUCCAGAUGCCAACGCCGAGUUACUAGCAUCAAUACAAAAACGUCAAGGGGAGAAUAACCAGGCAAGCCUGAGUGAGAAGUUAAAUCCUAAUGAAGAUGGAGCUCUGAAGAGUGUUGUGAUGAGGGGUUCGAGUCGUUCUCCUCCUCCUAGAAAAGAACUGAGGAUGCAACGGUCUUUUGUUCAACGUGGAUCAGCCCAGUUGACAAAAUUCUCAAACUCUGUUGCUGCUAGAGAUGCAUCACAUUUCGCUAUAGCAAAUCCACGGUGGUUUGAAGAUAGGUACAAUGAUAAAAAGGGAAAGCAAAAGGAUGGUGAUGAUUCUACAAAAGACAAAGAAUCCACGGGGUGACGGUGAAAGAAACAGAGAGAAUGAACAUCUCAGGGCCAUUAGUUUCUGCAAGAGAAUGUUGAAAGAAGAUGAAAGACAGAUUUUGAGUGGAUAAGAAGACUACUAGGGACAGACUCAAGCGUCUCUUGCUGCAAAUGGCAGGUGAGAGAUACAGACAAGAAUCUUUUGGGAUUUAAUCAGA